UUUAGGCGAAAUAUUUACGUUUAUAAUUUGAUAAAGUGACAAAUAACAAAAAUGCCUGUCAGCGACUUACUAAAAGAUUUGCCAUCGUUCAAUGCGAACAAUUUUGCUUUAUAUAAUACAGAAACAGCAAACAAAACUACAAUAAAAAAGCCAUCAGUUUAUAUAGCAACGACAGAAACAACACCAUCAAAAGAAAUAGUAUCUGAUAGGACAAACAUUCUACUCAGAUAUCUUCACUUGCAAUGGCAGAAAAAGAAUAUGAGCCGCAAACGUGAGUUUGCAGAGCCACCAAGUGAUGAUCACAGGAAAAGACCGAGAUUUGAUGAAGCUAACAGCACAAAUUUGUAAUUAAGUUACAAAAUUUCUCAAGAAUUCUUACUUUAUAAUUAUAAUAUUUCGCCAAUAGAUUUUAUAAAGCCCUAACUUGAAAUAUAUGAUAUUUGAUAAGCAUUUAUUAAUUGAUGUAAGUGACUAAAAUAUA